UGCUGCCAUAGCAACUCAGAAAGCGACAUGGCUGCCGCCGGCCUGGGACGAGGGGUUUUGAUACAGCCGGCGGCAGCCCUGCCCAAGUCACAGUCAUUUUCGCUACAGCCAGCUGCUCCCACCCGAGGGAAGCCUCAGAAAUGUCUGGUCUAUCCUCAUCCACCGAAGAGCUCCCGCCUGUCUCGGUCGGUUCUGCGCUGGCUGCAGGGCCUGGAUCUCACUUUCUUCCCCAGGAACGUCAACAGGGAUUUUUCAAAUGGUUUCCUGAUUGCAGAAAUAUUCACUAUAUAUUAUCCCUGGGACCUUAAAUUGUCAUCCUUUGAAAAUGGAACUUCUUUGAAAGUCAAGUUGAAUAACUGGGCACUGUUGGAGCAGUUCCUGGCAAGAAAAAAAUUUAAAUUAUCUAAGGAGCUAAUCCAUGGAACAAUUCAUUGCAAAGCUGGAGUACCUGAAAUCCUGAUCCAAGAGGUUUAUACCUUGUUAACACAUCAAGAAAUUAAAAGCAUCCAGGAUGACCUCGUAAAUUUCACGGACUAUAGUUACCAGAUGCAUUUGCCCCUGGUUCCUCGGUCUACAGCUUCAAAGUCAAUUAAAAAUAACAUCAGGUUAUCCGAAAUGAUAAGCAAUCCCAACAUACUCAGCAAUGAACUGAAAGUAGAGUUCCUCUUGCUUUUACAAAUGUUGCAAAGAAAAUUGAGCAGAAAAUUGAAUCCAAAAUGGUUUGAGGUCAAACCAACAGUGGGAGAACUUACUCUCAGUCGUCUUCCUCCCCAAGUCUCUGGGUGCAAGCACAAGGCCAUGAUUUCGAGGGAAGGCGUUGCUCCUGUUUUACGAAAUACAGGUGCUGGUGGCAAUCCACUUAAGACGUGUGUGAAGCAAGCUGGAAGAUGUUCUUUUGAAUCUGCCAGGAAAUCUAUCAGAAACGAGGAAAAGUAAGCUUGAGAAGUACCCAUCUAAUGACGUUGAAGAAGCGAUGCCACCAUCUCCUGCCACACUAAGGGGAUAGAAUUACCUAGUCUUGGAUACAUUAGUAAAUUAAAGUGGUAUCUCAUCCAUAAUUGGGCUGAAGAACAUGCGUUUUCAAUUCAACAACCAUUUAUUAAACACCCGUGUGGUUACUGUUAAAAAUACAAAAUCAAAUAACACAGAAUGAGCAAGAAUAAUUUUAAAGGUACAGUUUAACAUAAUUCACCAUGACGAGUAAGUCAUUUCUCAUAAAUCCUGUAGGAAUGGUGAGUCUACUUUGUAAUACAUUUUCCUCAUUAGAAAUGAAAAGAGCUACUACUUUGCCUGAUAUAUAUUCACACAUCACGUGCAUUUAUAAGCGGCUUCAUCCUGAAUGGUGCUUAUUACACACCGGCCCGCAGAGAACCUUGUUCACCCUCAUAAAUAGCCUGGCCUGAAACAUUUUUAAAAAAUAGGUGUCCCUUUUGAUAGUGAGUGGUGGGAAAGGAAAAUUGUGCUUCACUUGGAAUUUGGUUCUGGUGUUUAGCAAAUCAUCCAGGUCAAUUAAACAUUUCCUACUGGUUGCUUCCACUCCCCAUAAUUUCAGUAGAAGGAAACCAAAGAGAGCUGCUAUCUUGAAAGAACAAUGAUAUUGCAUACAUUCUUAUAAUUUUAUAUUCACAUGCAGACGUUAUUUUUCUUCAAUGGGAAUUAUUCAUGCCUUUAUGCUAUCUCAUUAACAGUCUCCUUGGCGACUUCCAACAGGAGUGUUUCGAAUGCAGAAUCCCAUGACGUGCCUGUCAAUUUCCAGCUAAACUCUUGUCAGUGGUUCUGCAUUUCCGAAGGCUUGGCUUUAUUAGAAUUUCUAUCUCCAGAGACUUCCCAGUUUAAUUUCACAUUUUGGGGCAGGUGAUAUUUAGUAAAAGGAAGUAAAGAGAGCCCCAAUGAAAUAGGAUUACUUCUUGGGAGCGUGUUUAGAAACCAGUUUUAUCUGAGGUAAAGGGUACACUUUAAAUGCAUAUCUUACCAGCUAUAGGUUAUUUA